AUGUUGAGCCGAAAAAGAAGAACCUGCAGCAAGAAGAUGAAGGAAAAUUCCCCAGUAGGUAAUUGCUGGCUGAUGGCAGCUUUGGUGAUGCUUUUUCUUAGCCUGGCCAACGCACUGAAGGCCGGGGAAUCCAUCGAGCUGGGAGCGGCAUCUGGCAGCCGACCAUCACUGAACAUAAACAAUGAGGACAGCACCAGCCUGGAGCAGCUCAUCGAGAUGCGGCUGAAUGAGUCGUCGUCCUCAUCCGUCCAGGGCAGGCAGUCGGAAGAGCUGUUGUCCAGGAAACGACGCUAUUUGGUAUUUCCGGAGGGCAGCUCCUUUCAGAUGGUGUACGAUGAAAUCGUGGGUGUGGUGGACCACACCAACUACUUGAUUCUGGGCAUCACGGUGGCUCUGGCCUGGGAGUUGCCCAGCAAGCCACCCAGCGAGGAGCUGGACGAUCUGCUCACCAAGUUGGAGGAUGGAACCUUGGACAUCAGUCGCAACGAUACCGUGUCAAAUAUAACCUAUGUGAACGAUGCCUCGGCAGCGCCCACAACUAGUCCGCCCCCUGUCUACAGGCCCAACUACAUUAAUUUGUCCAGUUUCGGGUCCGGGUCCGGGAGCGGGAGUGGGAGUGGGAGUGGCAGCAACUCCUACUACAGCUCAAACCCAGUUUUCCGGACACCGAUGCAUCCGUCGCACCAAUAUGCAGACAGUUAUUACAGCCGCCCACCAAAGGGUGGCAGGCGCAAGGACAAUCACUACUACUACAGUCACCAGGGGUUGAGUGCGAACAAUCCUUUUACCAAGUGGUCCAGACCCCAGCACUCGCCUGCCCAGAACUCACGCUAUCCCUACUGGGCGCUGAAUUCAAGAGUUAAAAACCGCUAUUAUGGCUAUCGGAACCAACAGGCAGCCCCACCAGUGGCGCAACGGCGUCAGGAUACCACCACGACCACCACCAGAAGACCCACUCGUCCGCCGGCACCACGUCACCAUCGCAUAUAUCCGGUGUUUGGCAAGCGAAGCAUUCCGGAUGCAGCCAAUUCUUAUAAGCGUCAACGCCGCAGCGGAGUGGCCACCGAACACGAGGACAAGAUAAGCAGGCUGGAGCAGCUCCAGAUUAAGCAUCAUCGACGGAGUCGUCAGUCGCUGUACGAGCGAGUGGAGAAGUAUCUGGAUAAACGUGGUCACCAUGGUCGCCAUUGCGUUUUGCGCACUCUCUGCGAAACGGGUCAGAAAUCUGAGGAGGAAGAGCCCGGCACCUUUGUAGGCGAACUGAUGCGAGCUGUGUUCACCAUUCCGGAACCCCUGGAUAACGAGCCCGUUGCCUAUCGCGACAGCCACUAUGACAAGGCUCACGCCUCCAAGCAGGACUGCGCCGCCCUCUAUCCAGAGUGCAAGCAAUCCAUGUGGCAGGCCCAGUUCAUACAAUAA